AUGUGCAUUCAUCUAUCUAUCUAUGGACUUCUUUGUUAUACCAAUAACUUUUCUAUCUAUCUAUCUAUCUAUCUAUCUAUCUAUCUAUCUAUCUAUCUAUCUAUCUAUCUAUCUAUCUAUCUAUCUAUCUAUUUAUCCCUGUUGAAAUUAACUUCAUCACUUUUGAAAAAAGACAUUGCCAUUCCUCCAGACAUUCCAAGUGAAGAUGGAAAAAACCACAAAACUGCAAUCAUUGUUUGGCGACAGAUUCUUGAAGAACUGGAAAAAGUGGCAAAAGCCAGGUUGGCCGCUUCAGAAAUCUAUUAUGAAAAAUGUGCUGAACCUGCAAAACCUUUGAAAAAUGCUAAAGUGCAGUGCUUAAAAAAGUUGGUGAAUCAGCUUAGUCUUAUACAAUCUGAAGUUGCCCAAAGUGUCCUUGAAAUGACCAAGGCCCAUAAAAUUUAUGUUACUGAUGAAACCCAAACAUCUGAAGCAAGGCAAAAAGCAAAUGAAGCCGAUGAAAAGUUGAAAAGAAAAUCUGUGGGUUUUUUUAAAAGCAUGACAAGCCUGCAACGCAACUGUGCAAAGUUAUCAUCAAGAUAUGAACAAUGUGCAAUAAAAUCUACUUCCUCACGAAAUGAUUACUUAUUAGCCCAGUCAGCUGCCAAUGCACAUCAAAUAAGAUAUUAUAGUGUUGACCUACCUGAACUAAUGAAGGCAUUGGAUGGAGAAGUUUAUGAAAAAAUCCAAGAAUAUUUUACAAUACACACUGCAACCAGUGCAGAAGUUAGUGCCAUUGAAACCAACUGCUUUCAGAAAUUAUCUCUUGAAGCUGAAAAGAUUAGUCGUAAUUACAACUUGCAGUGCUUUCUCCAUGAAAGUAACGUGUUUACAGACCUUCUGCAAUAUCAGUUUGAGCCUUGCUGCAAUGACCAGAUAAAUAAGCUUAGUAAAGAACAUGGCGCAGAGCAUCAACUGGUAAAAGAAACCAAAAAAUAUGCCUCAAGAAUAUCGAAAGAGACAAAAAUCAUACGAGAACAAAGUAAAGCUUUACGAUUACAUCAAAAUGCAUCAAAGACUGAUCAGGGAGGUGGAACAAGUACAGAUAAAAGUGAUAGUACUGGUCAAGAUCCUGAAUCUCAAAUUGAAGAAUUAAAACAAAAUAUUAGACGAGCAGAAACUGGCAAAAUGAAAGCUGAAGCCAGAAUAGAAUUAUUAAGAUCCUGUGGAGUAAAUGUUGAUGAAUAUUUGGCCAGUGCUCAGAUUGAUAGCCUUGGUGCAGAACCAGAUAAUAUUUCGCGCACACCUAGUCAGGCAUCAUUAAGGACAGAAAGCUCCGGUGGGCCGACAGAAGAACCUGAGCCCACAUAUACACACUUUGAUGAUGAUGACGACUUUGUUGAAGAGAUUCCAGAUGUUACUGAAGCAACACCAAUGAGCCCCACAACCCAAAACUCAUCAUCGUCCCGGCAGUAUCCUAUCCAAGCCCAAGCUUUAUAUACAUUCCAAGCUACAAAUCCUGACGAACUAGGCAUGGAAGAGAAUGAAGACAUUGAAGUUAUUGGGGACGGUGAUGGAGAUGGUUGGGUACAGGCAAAAGAUUCUCGAGGCAAUGUGGGGUUCAUUCCUGAAAGUUACAUCCGCAUUUUAGACCAAACUGGUUCAACACAAUCUGCUGUUGUUGAAUCAGCUAUAGGCUAUGACGUCCCAACCACCAGUGUGGAUAUGUCGCAAACGUCUUCCACGCCUCACGGAGCCUUAUCAACUCCUGAUCUACCUCCAGCACCUGACAUUACACCAGCUACAGACAUGUCCACAGAUGAUUUGGAAACACCUACUGGACAGGAAAGUGACAUGCCUCCACCCCCUGAUUUUACUGUGACAAACCAUAUGGAGCCUCCAAAUGAACCCACUCAGUAUGAUGUAGCAUCUUCAUUUUCUUCUGGGGAUCUUGAAGUUCAGCAGGCUACUGCCUCAAGUACAACAGAACCAACCCUUCAAAACCUUCCCUUAGUUCCAAAUGAUGGUGAAGUGUGGGCACGAGCUCUGUAUGACUAUGAAGCAAAUACAGACGAUGAGCUCUCCUUUACUGAAGGCACUUGUGGAAGAACUGGUAGAAAAUGGAGAACCAAAGCUUCUAGUUCUGCCUCAACUGCAGAAUCCUCAACAGAUCCUAAUCAACCAGCCCUGGACUCACAGCAAUCUACAGUAGAUGCUGUAGGUUCAGGGGAUGCCUCCCAAGUACCUGCUGGGUCUGAAGUUCCCGAAUCAACCGUUGUCACUGAAGAGAAGCAAUCAACAGAGGAAGCAAAAGGCUCUACUGAUAAAUUUACUGGGCUACAGGAUCAAAUUGAAGAAGAUAAAAAAGAAACCUCCCAAAACUCUGAAGCAAAGACAGGUUCCAAUGACCAAACAAAGGCUUCUGACAAAGUGCAGUCUCAAGAACAAUUUGGUUCUUUGGAUAAAACUGAUUCUUUAGACCAAACAUUUUCGGAACAGUCAGGAUCAUUUGAUCAGACAGGCUCACUGGAUAAAAUUGGAUCAAUUGAUGAUGAUGGAAAUGAUGCUCAGAAGAAAAAGAAUCAGGAAGCCUCUUUGAGUAGUGAAGAAGUUAGUGAGACUAUAGAGAAGCUUGAGACUGAUACUGAUGAAGCAACCACAGCCACCGCCACAACUGAACAAGAUGGAAGUGUAGUUGUCUCUGAUCAGGAACCUGUAGUAAAAUCAGAGGAAGAGAAGGUGGAGAAGGAAGAGAAGACUGAAGAGAAGAAGAAGGAGGAGGAGGAAGAGGAGGAAAAUGAACUGGAGGUUCUUCUGUAA